UGUGUCCAAUAGAAACUCUUGUUUUCGUUGCAAAACGCAACUUUUUGGACUAAUGAUUACACCCCGGUGAGCAAGAGGCGGUGUGCUUCUGAACAGACUAUUAGACCAACAAUACCAAAGCCCCCGCGGGAAUAGCCUACAGUCGCUGUCAUGAUCGGCAACUAGAGAAGUCCAGUCCAUUUCAGCGCAGGCCGUUUUCAUAAAGAGACUACUAGUUUUUAGAGAUUACAUUUGCUAUAUGCCUGUAAGAGUACUGUAGUGCACGAGAGUACACCGCCAUCUGUUACCUUAGUGCUGCGUAGGCACAAUGAUGAGCUCCGACGCGCUCCGGCCGACACAGAACUCCGGGCGCAAAGCGCUUGGUAAACUCGCCAACAGGUUAGAAGAAGUGAAGAACCCAUGGCGACAAGGCUCGACGCUCGAACUCAGCCACAACGAGGCAGCCAGGUUGGCAACAGACGCUCUGUUGGAGUCUGGGGAGAAGGAAUACAGACGAGUUCUGACAGAGGAAAGGGAAUUAAAUUUUCUCUCGCCGCUUGAGAUUCAUUAUAUUACGGAGAAUGCAGCCAAGAACUGUAGCUCCGACAACAGCUCAAAUGGCACUGAGGGGGACAUUGGGGAGGGGGAUACGGUGUCGGAGCUUACCUCGGGGACCUAUUUCCCAAUGAUGUCCGACGAAGAGCCACCUAUUCUGGAACUAGGGUGGCCAGAAAACCCCCAACGAUACGGACCCUCAGAAACACAGAUCUAUUUCCAAAGGGACAAGACUCACAAUGUGAAAGACCUCAUUCGGUCAUUAAUUAAUAAAGCAAAAAGGGUCAUAGCUUUGGUCAUGGACCUCUUCACAGACGUUGAUCUGCUGUGUGACUUGAUGGAGGCCUCGAACAAACGCAAGGUCCCUGUGUACAUUCUCCUGGAUGAGAAGAAUCUCAACUACUUUGUUGACAUGUGUGCAGCACUGGACAUCCAGAACUCUCACCUGGGUAACAUGAGAAUCCGCAGUGUGUGUGGAGAUACGUACUGCACUAAAAGUGGGAAGAAAUUCACCGGGCAGGUCCAGGAAAAGUUUAUGAUUAUAGACUGUGAGGAAGUCAUUGCUGGGUCAUACAGUUUCAGCUGGCUCUCAGCGCAGGUCCACAGCAACAUGGUGAUGCACUUCUCUGGGCAGAUCACUGACAGCUUCGACCGAGAAUUCCGCUGCCUGUACGCUGACUCGCAGAUCAUUGACUGUUUCCAUAACCCAGAUGAGGAGGGUCUCCCUUACUACCCCUACCCUGUUACUGCGCCCAACAUGGGGCUAGACUUCUUCCCCGAGAGGUCACGGGAUAGGGUUCUGAGUUCAGAGAACUCCAGCAGCCAAUCCAGUUGCAGCAUGUCCAGCAUCAAGGCAGCACCCGGCAUGACCAAUACGGUUUACAAGGUCACUCAAGGUCAAGACAAGAAAAAGACCAGCAACUCUCACCUGAGCCCUGAGAGGAGAGGAGGGGCACUAACUCCCUCCCUUCAUAAUCAGACUGCCGAAGACAGGAGAGGCUCCCCCAAUGGGACCAAUCACAGCCCAGUUACAGAGCACCCUUCCUCUGGGAUCGGCCAAUCGGUCGGGAUAGAGUGGUCCAAGUCCAUCCCCACAGAGUUCCGCCAACCAAACGUUGGCGGAACAACGUCCAAGUUUCAGGCUCUUGGUUUAUACGAUCAGAAGUCGAGCCUCUUCAACAGUAGCCCCAAGACACAGUCUCCAAUGCCGGACAGCAAACUCUCUGCCAAGCAGAGGAUUACCUCCAACUCCGUCAUCAACAAGCUCACCGACCUCUUCCUCCCCCCAACUGAGAAGGACUUCCUCCCCCCAACUGAGAAGGACACCUACAUCUUCAGGAGGUCUCCUCCUCACAGCACAGCCUUUGGGGGGCCAGACCUCUCCCAGACAGAGCCGGAGAGCGAGCAGACUCCCCCGCCACCGCCCGCCAUGAUAAACCGGAAGGACCACAAACGCAUGACCUUAGGCCACAGCAAACUAGACCUGGUCAACCACUACAACAAGAUGAAGUCCAAACAGGUGUACAGCAGGUUUGAGUUAAAGAAUAACAACUGAGGCUCUGCUGAGAAAGUACUUUACCUCCCUUACCCCCAUCGCACUGGACCUCCAGGAAGCAGAGCACACUCUUUUGCCUUUUGUAGAGAACAUUAUAGUGGAGUGGCAUUUUGUACCUUAAUGCCACUAUAGGAGUUUAGAGGAGGGUACAGUACAGCCUCAAUUAGCCUGUUUACACUGAGUUGUAGUGAUAGCUUUUUAGCAUUUGCAUGUAGACAUUGAAGCUGUGGCGGCCCUGCCAAUAAGUGACAUGACAAAUCUUGCUUAGGGCCCUCCAAAAGGCUUGGGCCGGCCCUUCAUUCAAUGACUGUGUAUUGUGUUCUUAUUUCUGUGAGUGUCUUUCACUAGCCAGUAUGGUUUUAAUGAUUAAUACUGUAUGAAAUGAGUUGUAAAUGGAGUUUUACUGUUUUUUAAGAUGUGUUUUUACUUUUUAUCACACCUACUCAUUCCAGGGUUGUUCUUUAUUUUUACUAUUUUCUACAUUGUAGAAUAAAAAUGAAGACAUCGCUACAAGAGCAUUGCAGAUUUUGUGCGAAUAAAAUUAAACGUUUGAAAAUACCGGGAUGGCUCAAAGACGGGACCGGUAUCAGUAGCCCUCAGAUUUUGGUAGCCCUCAGACGGCCGUGCUCCCCGAGUCAGCAACGACAUGGGGAUUUUGUCUCCGAUCUCAAAAACGUGUCUUGGAUAUCUAAAUCGCACCACAAUAAUGUAGUGUACGCCCAGCUUUAAAGGUGCAAUAUGCAAAAAUCUCUGCAAUUUUCUGACUGUUAAACUGAAAUUAGGCAAACUAUUAGAAUUGUAUGUGACAAAACAAGCAAUCCAUAGUGUAGAGAAUCACUGUACCAUCUAAACCACUGUGAAAUAUAUUUUCCAUAACCAAAUAUAUUGUAUUUUCAGCACUUUGAAGCUGGUGAACUGGAAGUGUAGAAAUGGCGCACAUAGAGCAGAUCUGCCGCUUCUUAGACUUGCUUUCAAUGAGAAUGACAGAUCUAUAACGCACCUUUCUAUGUGAAUUUGGUCGGGUCGCCCAAAAAGUUAUAUAUUGCAGCUUAAAGAGAUGAGUUUGCAAAUGAAAUGUGUGAACUAUAGUUAUAACUGUUACAAGGGCUAAGAUUAACUGAUUACAGUGUUACUAAAAAUAACAAUUUGCAAUAAAGAUGUUUUUGAUUGGG